AUGGUCACAGGUCUUCAGAAGCCCAAGCUACGCGCCAAGACGGGCUGUCUCCCAUGCCGACGACACCGCAUCAAGUGCGAUGAGCGGACUCCCAUCUGCCGAGCCUGUCAUGCUUCGCGUGUCCCGCGGGAUUGUCAGUGGCCUCUGGACAAAGACCUGGUCGACCGCCGCUUUCGAUCAUGCAAGCUUCGCGGAGUUGCAAAGACUCACCAUCAUCAAUCUUCCCCUUGGCCUUGUGCAGCGACAUCGCAGCUUCUGCUGGCUGACUGCGUGAUGGCUCGUAAACGGGACCGAGAUGACAUCGAGUGGACACUGUUCCGCGAGUUCGGCCGUCGGGGAACACCACUUCUUCUGCUACCACAUUGUAGUUCUACCUUCUACAGGACGUGGCAUAGUGCCAUACGCACCAUCAUGGUAUCGCGCAGGAGUCUGUCGCCUGCUCUUAUGGCGUGCGCUGCGUCCUUCGUUUCCAUCAGAGAAGGGUCGCCAGGCAUGUGCCAUGUUUCUCAUCAAUACUAUACCGACUCAUUGUCCAGGCUCGCAGACUCACUCGGCCAAGACUCACCAGAGAAGGACGAUGAUAUUUUUGUCACCAUUGUGCUUUUGUACGCAUUCAACUUUAUGUCUGGCUCUUCGUCUUGGGACGAUCAACCUCAACACGUCAGCGCUGCCAUCGAGAUCAUCACCUCCCGGAUACUGAACGCAACAAGCGCUGACUUAUCAGCCUUUCUCCGUCUGUCACUUGAGAGUGUCCUAUACCAGGUCUUUCUGUUGAAUAACGGUCUUUGGUCCAGCGCGACUAGCUACGAGUCCCUCCAGCCGCUGAACGCUGAAUUCUGGGCUCGCUCUGAGAAGCUCCUAGAGCAUCCUACGAACCUGGACUUGUCCUUGUUGAGUCUUAAUAGCCCUGUCCUUGGUAUGCCCUUAGCUGUGAUGCGACUCGCCACGUUUCUCGGCCAGCUUUGUCUCGGAAGAGAGUCCGCAACCAUGGAAGAUCUAAUAAAGCUUCAGACUGAGGCCACAGCCUGGGAAGACUUUGCCCUGCAGGCUGUCAAACAGACCGGUGCUUCCGACACGCUGAACCGAGAUGCAAACUGCUUAUACGCCAUGAUCGCUUCUAUUCUCAUGCAACACCUGAUGGCUUUUGGCCCAAACACAGGACUUCCCAGGGUGUCUCCCACAGACAGUUGGCAAGCUUUUACAUCACUUCAAAUCCUGUCCGGACGUGCUGGUGAUCAUAGCUGGUCUGAGUGUUUCAUCGGGACAUGGCCUGUAUACGCUCUCGGGUUCUUGUUAUCUGAAGGCAAGGAUAGAGACAUUGUGCGUCGCGAUAUACAACUUCGACGGGAGCUCACAGGCUUCUGGAUAGUCAAGCGCUUUCAAGAGGACUUGGAGAGUUCAUGGGCCGGGCUCGAGGCAGACUCACCUUCGGCAUCCGUCAACUACAGUGUCUUAGACACAACUGAUGCCGCCGGCAUUCAGUCUCCCAUGCCAGUCAUAGCUUUUUGA